UCCCACCGUCCAUCCCGUCAUGCUGAUCCUGCCUUCCUGUGUGUUUGAUCGAUGGUUUAGAGGGAUCAGGUGAAGGGGAGUAGAUAAAACAUGUGACUGAUGGUGAAACGGCUGCAGCUCGGAGACCAACAGCUGGACAUGGAGGUCUGCAACCAGGACUGGAUGUCUGCUCUACCGGAGGAGCUGUGGGACAUUCCUCUGACACACCUGGCCAUACCUGGGAGCCAUGACGCCAUGAGUUACUGUCUGGACAUAAACUCGCCUCUCCUCAGGUCUGAGUCUGACUUAUUCAGGAUCCUGGAUGGACUGUUUUCCUGCUUUACCAGACCUGUCAUCUUUAAAUGGGCCACCACACAGGACAAGAGCAUUGAGGAGCAGCUGGCAAAGGGAAUUCGGUUCUUUGAUCUCCGUGUCGCACACAAACCAAACGACCCAUCCGACGACCUCUACUUUACCCACGUUAUAUACACACACUUGACAGUCCUGAAAACGCUGGAAUGCGUAGCUUACUGGCUGAACUCUCACCCGAAGGAGGUCGUUAUCCUGGCUUGCAGCCAUUUUGAGGGGAUGGACGAUGAGUGCCACGAACUGUUCAUCUCCCGUUUAAAAAAACUGUUUGGCUCCAAGCUCUGUCCCCGGAAGGAAGCAGUCCUAAGCCUGCGGAGCCUGUGGGCAUCCGGUUACCAGGUCCUUCUCUCAUAUGAAUCCCAACUGGUGGCAAGACAUCCGCAGCUGUGGCCCGCCAUCCCGUACUGGUGGGCAAAUAAACAAACGGCGGACGGUGUAAUACGCUACCUGGAGUGGAACAAAGACAUGGGACGUCCAGAGUGUUUCUUUGUUUCCGGCCUGAACCUCACGGCCCCGAGGGCUUACAUCGCCAAGAAUCAGAAGGAAUCCCUGCGAACGCUGACCUUCAGUAACUGGGAGCGUCUGAGGGAAUGGGUGGAGAAGCAGAAGCCUGGAUCGGACCCCGACAGCCUCAACAUUAUAGCAGGAGACUUUGUGGGGCCGCUGCCCCUCUGCUCCCUGGUGAUAGCCUUGAACCAGAAGCUGCUGCCGGAGAGCUCCACCCAGAGGGGGAAGAUGUACUGAUGGAUUUUUAAAAAAUGCAUCGAAAUUCUCUUUUCCCAGCCUCUUUUACUGGAUGUGAUUUUUUUGAAUCAUCUCCGAUUCAAAGAGAAAUCAUCAUUUAUUGAAAACAAAAAAAUGACCUUCAGCAUCUCUAAUGUGGAAUCAAUAU